AUAAUCUGAAAAAGUAACUAGUAACUAUAUGAAAGUUUUCAGACAAAUGUAGUGGAGUAAAAAGUACAAUAUUUGCCUCUGAAAUGUAGUGGCGUAGAAGUAUAAAGUAGCAUAAAAUGGAAAUACUCAAGUAAAGUACAAGUCCCUCAAAGUUGUACUUAGUAUUUGAGUAAAUGUACUUAGUUACAUUGCACCACUGCCACUACGUGAGUGUAAUUUUAUUACUCUGAUUUUAUCAAAGUUAAUGUAUACAGUACACUCUUGAGCCAAUAUUAUCGGUAAGAAAUUGGUGAGUAUUGUGUGGUCUUUGGCAUACUUGUUGGCAUGUACUUUUGAUAACCUCUGAAACUUAAUUCACGAGUAGGGAAGUGAAAUACACAAGCAUGGGUGUAAACCAAUGGGAUGUGAUUGGAUAGUGUUGAAGAUGAAUAUGAGCUGAUUUAUGAUGAUUGGUUCAACUGAUGUAGAGGUGAAGAGAGAGAUAUAUAUAAAGAGCACAGGAAUUGCUUUGUUUUAGGCAUUUGGAAGCUUUUUUCUUUUUCAUUGAAUCAUCAGACUCCAGGAAGAAAGCGCUUGCUCUGUCGGGGUCUCCAGAAUGAUGAAACCCAGUGUUUUCCUUCUGCUACUCCUCCUGGAGACAUGCUCAGCUUCCACGUAUCAAAAUGUGGCCUUGCGUGGAAAAGCGACCCAGUCACAACGUUAUGUGCACACAUUUGGGGCUGCCUACAAUGCUAUUGAUGGAAACCGUGAAUCUGUCUUCAAUUCUGGAUCAUGCACCCACUCUGCUGAACAAACCAACCCCUGGUGGAGAGUGGACCUGCUGGAGUCCUACAUCGUCACCUCCGUCACCAUCACCAACAGAGGAGACUGCUGUGAACACAGGCUCAACGGGGUGCAGAUCCACAUCGGCAACUCUUUAGAAGACAAUGGUUCCGCUAAUCCAGUGGUUGGGACAAUUGCUGAAAUCGGUGCAGCCAAAUCGUUCAAUCUGGCUUUCACUGAGCGUGUGGAGGGACGUUAUGUGAUUUUGCUUCUACCCGGUUCAGGCAGGAUUCUUACACUCUGCGAAGUGGAAGUCUAUGGGUACCGUGCCCCAACUGGAGAGAACCUGGCACUCCAAGGAAAAGCCACACAGUCGUCACUGUUUUCAUUUGGCGCUGCAUAUAAUGCCAUUGAUGGGAACCGUGCCAGCAAGUGGGAAGACGGCUCCUGCAGUCACACAAACAACAACAUCAACCCCUGGUGGCGACUGGAUCUGCGCAAAACCCACAAAGUGUUUUCUGUUAAGAUCACCAACACAGAUGCGGACCCAGAGCGACUCAACGGAGCUGAGAUCCGAAUUGGAGAUUCUCUUGAAAACAAUGGCAACAAUAAUACCAGGUGUGCUGAGAUCACAAGUAUCCCGCCAGGUGCCACUGCUGAUUUCCAGUGUAACAUGAUGAAGGGGAUAGAUGGACGCUAUGUUAACAUAGUCAUCCCAGGAAGAGAAGAGUUCCUGACUCUGUGUGAGGUGGAGGUGUAUGGCUCCAGACUGGACUAGGUCUGAAGAAGUUCAAAACGCAUAACACAAGCAUUUUGCUCUUACGUAUACUCAUACUAACUGGAAUCACAGCUUAAGCUUCUAUAUCAUCAGAAAUAAACAAUAACAUGUAGUGCAACAAGUGCCACAAUUUGUGUCCAAAAUCACUUCCUCUUGAAAGAUCUCCUAGCAUGACAGUGAUUGCAUUGUGGGAUUUUUAGCAAAAAGUAGUGCACAUGCUAUGGAUAUUCGACUUUUAUUCCAUUGUGGGAUUUCUUUAAAGCACUACUUAGUACAUAAAUAUUAUAUUUGGCCAUUAUAUUGUUAAGUGUUCUGUCACUGCCUGCUGCAGGAUAAAACUAUGCAUGUAAUAAAUACUGAAAUACAAUUAAAUCAUUAAAACAGC